AUGGUGGGUGUGUAUGUGAAGGCAGAUGGAGAGAGAGAUGUGUGUGUGAGGAAGGGAGAGGAGGUGUGUGUGGUGAAUGGGCUGCCGUUCGGGUCGCUGUUCGCGGGCGCGGGCGCGGAGCUGGCCGCCAAGCACUGCCGCCGGCGCAAGGCGCGCACCGUCUUCUCCGACCAGCAGCUGACGGGGCUGGAGAAGCGCUUCGAGGCGCAGCGCUACCUCUCCACGCCCGAGCGCGUCGAGCUGGCCAGCGCGCUCAACCUCUCCGAGACGCAGAAAUCAAAAAAUCAUCAUCAUAAAAACGCUGUGAUAUAUUACGGGCAAUCUCGCAAUGAACUUCAAAUGCCCUUAUUAGCAUAA